UUUGUGUAUAAAGAAUCUUUUGCCUCAAACGUGUUCUUGGGUCUUUGGUCCACUUAAAGUGGAACAAGAGUAAAAUAUCAUCUUCAGGCAAACCAAAAUAUCCAAAAGAAACUAAAGGUGACAAGGCUAUAUAAAAGCCACAAGUUUGUCAUCUAAUUCUGCAGCAGAAACUCAAUUUUCAGUUAUGUGUUCUUAUUCAUCUACCAGUGUCUUUGACAUUGGAGAGUACACAACCCAGAUUUUAAGGGUGGAAUCUGACUCAUGUACACACAACAAUAUUCCACCACCAAAACCUCUCUUGAUUGCCACUCCUCUUGAAGCUGGAGAAUUCCCUCUUCUGAUGUUCCUACAUGGCUAUCUUCUUUACAACUUCUUCUAUUCUCAGCUAAUACAACAUGUCGCUUCUCAUGGAUUCAUUGUCAUUGCUCCGCAGUUAUACACAGUGGCAGGACCAGAUACAAGUGAUGAGAUUCAUUCUGCAGCUGCAAUAACAAAUUGGCUAUCACAAGGACUCUGCAAGUUUCUUCCAGCAAAUGUAAUACCAAACUUGAAGAAGAUAGCACUUUCUGGGCAUAGUCGUGGAGGCAAAACAGCAUUUGCUCUUUCUCUGAGGAAACUAAACAUCAGCACUGAUAUAAAGUUUUCAGCAUUGAUAGGAGUUGACCCAGUUGAUGGAAUGGACAAAGGAAAGCAAACUCCCCCAGCAGUUCUCUCCUAUGUUCCUCACUCAUUUGAUUUUGACAUGCCAGUGAUGGUCAUAGGGUCAGGUCUGGGUGAAGUGAGAAGGAACCCCUUUUUUCCUCCUUGUGCACCUAAGGGUGUGAACCAUGAGAAUUUCUUCAGUGAGUGUAAGAAACCUGCAUGGUAUUUUGUAGCCAAGGAUUAUGGCCACUCUGACAUGCUAGAUGAUGAUACCAAGGGAAUUAGAGGGAAAUCUACAUAUUGUUUAUGCAAAAAUGGAGAGUCAAGAAAACCAAUGAGAAAGUUUGUUGGAGGAGUCAUUGUUGCAUUCUUGAAAGCAUACUUCCAUGAUGAUUAUGGGGACUUGUUGGCUAUCAGAGACAGCCAUGUGAGUCUGCCAUUGGACUUCAAAUUUGAUUCUUAUCUGUAAAAUUCACAGAAGAUGUUGAUCAUAUAUUUCUGCUAUCAUCACUUUUAUAACAUAUGACUCAACUUCUGAGUUACACAUGAACACAUACGUUAGAGUUACAAAGUGAAGUUUGCAUCGUCAUGAGCAAGAUAUUAAUAAAUUGUUCUUUCUUUUA